UUAUUAAUAGAUCCCAUGUAAUGGGUUUUCCCUUUAUAUCUUUAAAUAGACGGUUUGUAAUGGCUGAAAAGAAAUGACUUCCUCAUAAUGCUAAGCACAACUGCAAACAGCAAUGCAGCUACUGAAACAAGUAUGGGCAUUACAACAACGCGAGCAAAAUAUACACAGUACGGAUCUUAUAGAAGUCGCGUGUCUACCUUCAGUGAUAUGAGAAGUAAUAUUAUACAGUCUAAGGAAAUACUAGCACGUGCUGGGUUCUUCUAUACAGGAACAGGCGAUCUUGUUCGGUGUUUUUACUGUGGGGGAGGUUUAAGAAACUGGGACAGAUCAGACGACCCGUGGACAGAACAUAAACGAUGGUUUCCUAAAUGUGAUUUCCUCAACAAAUUUUCGGAUAGGGAACAGACCAAUUCAGAAAACAAUGUUUCAGCCCAAUACGAACGUUCGCUUCAGUUGCCAAUAUACAUCGGCCAAGAUAUCGGAGAAAGUGGCGAGAACACAGUUACUCUAGAUCCAGGAAAUACCAAUCUUGACAUCAUCAUUGCAGCCAAGGCAGUACUUCACUUAGGAUAUAAUCGGUUGGAUGUCAGAAAUGCAUUGGAUUUAUGUAGCAAAGAAACGAGUUCAACACAUGUAACAGCACUCCAGUUAUUGACAAAAAUAUUACAAUUGAAACAUAUACUAGAAAGCGACAGUGAAGACAGUCCGAAUGGAAGUCGGACACAAGAAAAUGAUGACUCUUUUAUUGAGAUUGAAAAAGAAAAUAUUGAUUUGAAAGAUAAAUUUUUCUGCAAAAUUUGUCAACAAACUUCAGCGGAAGUGGCUUUCUUACCAUGUGGACAUUUAGUGACGUGUCAAGACUGUGGACCUGCAGUGAAAUAUUGUAUAGUUUGUAAAACUCUUGUGAAGGCCACUGUGAAAGUGUUUAUGUCCUGAAUUCUCAAUGACGUUGGAACAGUUUAUAACCCCAUAUCAAUUUUGCUUGAAAAGCCAGUAUUUAUUUAUUUAAA